AAGGCCAGGAUGGAAUUGGCAGCAAGACGGAGAAGACACUGGGUGACUUUGCAGCAGAGUACGCCAAGUCCAACAGAAGCACAUGCAAGGGCUGUAUGGAGAAGAUAGAAAAGGGCCAGGUGCGCCUGUCCAAGAAGAUGCUGGACCCGGAUAAGCCCCAACUGGGCAUGAUCGACCGCUGGUACCACCCAAACUGCUUUGUCAAGAACAGAGAGGAGCUGGGUUUCCGGCCUGAGUACAGCGCCAACCAGCUCAAGGGCUUUAAUCUCCUCUCUGCAGAGGAUAAAGAAGCCCUAAAGAAGCAGCUUCCAGGAGUCAAGAGUGAAGGAAAGAGAAAAGGUGAUGAAGUGGAUGGGAUGGAUGAAGUGGCCAAGAAGAAAUCUAAAAAAGAAAAAGACAAAGAUAGUAAGCUUGAAAAGGCCCUCAAGGCCCAGAAUGACCUUAUUUGGAACAUCAAGGAUGAACUAAAGAAAGUGUGUUCAACGAAUGACCUGAAAGAGCUGCUCAUCUUCAACAAGCAGCAAGUGCCUUCUGGGGAGUCGGCGAUUUUGGACCGAGUAGCCGAUGGCAUAGUGUUUGGUGCCCUUCUUCCCUGUGGGGAGUGCUCAGGCCAACUGGUCUUCAAGAGCGAUGCCUAUUACUGUACUGGGGACGUCACUGCCUGGACCAAGUGCAUGGUAAAGACUCAGACACCCAACCGGAAGGAGUGGGUGACCCCAAAGGAAUUUCGAGAAAUCUCUUACCUCAAGAAAUUGAAGGUCAAAAAGCAGGACCGUCUAUUCCCCCCAGAAACCAGCACCCCAGUGGCAGCAGCACCCCCACCCUCCACAGUCUCGGCACCUGCUGCUGCUGUGAACUCCUGUGCUCCAGCAGAUAAGCCGUUGACCAACAUGAAGAUUCUUACUCUUGGGAAACUCUCCCAGAACAAGGAUGAAGUGAAGACCAUCGUUGAGAAGCUUGGGGGGAAGUUGACGGGGACGGCCAACAAGGCCUCCCUGUGUAUCAGUACUAAAAAGGAGGUGGAAAAGAUGAAUAAGAAGAUGGAGGAAGUAAAAGAAGCCAACAUUCGAGUUGUGUCUGAGGAUUUUCUCCAGGAUGUCUCUGCCUCAACCAAGAGCCUUCAGGAGUUGUUCUCUGUGCACAUCCUGUCCCCCUGGGGAGCGGAGGUGAAGGCAGAGCCUGUUGAAGUGGUGGCCCCGAGAGGGAAGUCAGGGUCUGCGCUCUCCAAGAAAAGCAAGGGCCCUGUUAAGGAGGAAGGUAUCAACAAAUCUGAAAAGAGAAUGAAAUUAACUCUUAAAGGUGGAGCCGCUGUGGAUCCUGAUUCUGGUCUGGAACACUCUGCACACGUCCUGGAGAAAGGUGGGAAAGUCUUCAGUGCCACCCUUGGCCUGGUGGACAUCGUUAAAGGAACCAACUCCUAUUACAAGCUGCAACUUCUGGAGGAUGACAAGGAAAGCAGGUAUUGGAUAUUCAGGUCCUGGGGCCGCGUGGGAACAGUGAUCGGUAGCAACAAACUGGAGCAGAUGCCAUCCAAGGAGGAUGCCAUUGAGCACUUCAUGAAAUUAUAUGAAGAAAAAACUGGGAAUGCCUGGCACUCCAAAAGUUUCACAAAGUAUCCCAAAAAGUUUUACCCUCUGGAGAUUGACUAUGGCCAGGAUGAAGAGGCGGUAAAGAAGCUGACAGUAAACCCUGGCACCAAGUCCAAGCUCCCCAAGCCAGUUCAGGACCUCAUUAAGAUGAUCUUUGAUGUGGAAAGUAUGAAGAAGGCCAUGGUGGAGUAUGAGAUUGACCUUCAGAAGAUGCCCUUGGGUAAGCUGAGCAAAAGGCAGAUCCAGGCUGCAUACUCCAUCCUCAGUGAGGUCCAGCAGGCGGUCUCCCAGGGCAGCAGUGACUCCCAGAUCCUGGAUCUCUCAAAUCGUUUCUACACCCUGAUUCCUCAUGACUUUGGAAUGAAGAAACCUCCACUCCUGAACAACGCAGACAGCGUGCAGGCCAAGGUGGAAAUGUUGGACAACCUGCUGGACAUCGAAGUGGCCUACAGUCUGCUCAGGGGUGGCUCUGAUGACAGCAGCAAGGAUCCCAUCGAUGUCAACUAUGAGAAGCUCAAAACUGUCAUUAAGGUGGUUGACAAAGAUUCUGAAGAAGCCGAGAUCAUUAGAAAGUAUGUUAAGAACACUCAUGCAACCACACACAACGCGUACGACUUGGAAGUUGUCGACAUCUUUAAGAUAGACCGUGAAGGGGAGAGCCAGCGCUAUAAGCCCUUCAAGCAGCUUCAUAACCGAAGGUUGCUGUGGCAUGGGUCCAGGACCACGAACUUUGCUGGGAUCCUGUCCCAAGGUCUUCGGAUAGCCCCGCCUGAAGCACCUGUGACAGGCUACAUGUUUGGCAAAGGGAUCUAUUUUGCCGACAUGGUCUCCAAGAGUGCCAACUACUGCCAUACGUCUCAGGGAGACCCAAUAGGCUUAAUCCUGUUGGGAGAAGUUGCUCUUGGAAACAUGUAUGAACUGAAGCAUGCUUCACAUAUCAGCAAGUUACCCAAGGGCAAGCACAGUGUCAAAGGUUUGGGCAAAACUACCCCUGACCCUUCAGCUAGUGUUACUCUGGAUGGUGUAGAGGUUCCUCUUGGGACCGGGAUUUCAUCUGGUGUUAAUGACACCUGUCUACUGUAUAACGAGUACAUUGUCUACGAUAUUGCUCAGGUAAAUCUGAAGUAUUUGCUGAAACUGAAAUUCAAUUUUAAGACAUCCUUGUGGUGAAUUAGGAGAUGUGACCGAGUCACACCCCAGUGACUUUGCUACGAAUUCACUUGAUGUGUUUAUGCACCAACUCACCAGGCAGGAACCCCGGCUAAGUUGUCGAUGGGUAGUACCUUUACUAAAUCCCCUUAGAAAGGAUUUUACGUGAACGCUGUUAAAUGGUCAUGUGUUAAAGGUUUUUCCCAACUUUUCAAAUCCCUUGUUUUGUGUUGUGUUUGGGGGGGAGGGGUUGUUUUGGGUUCUUUUUCUUGCCAGGCAUAGCCCUGGUAGAUAAAACUGUCAGUAGAAAAAGGGUUGGGGAAAGGUUUCAUCUCGUUUGUGUAGACUAGUCCUGUGGAGACAUGUUAGAACCUCUGCCUUACUGGUUUCCCCAGAGAAGGAAAAAAUAAGCUUCCACCCUUUUUUCUAAGUGUUCACUUUUAGUUUUGAUUUUGAAAAAAUGUCAAGCAUUUAUUUUGAAGUAUAAAAUAAAAACUAAUUUCAUACUAUUUAGAUUUUCUUUUUUAUCUUGCACUUGCUGUCCCCUUUUAACUGUUUUUGUUUAUUUGUGUAAAGAGGUGUGGGAGGGCCAGAGGAGCAUUCACAAUUUCUCAUAGUUAUAAACAAGAGCUUUCCUUUUCUAGGAAUGCUAGAAUAUAGACUCUCAGAAUAUGUAGUAGAGUAAAUUAGAAGUUGCAUUUGAAAUCCUUGACUUUCUUAUGAGCAAUUUUGUCUUCCAAAUUAAAACCAUCUAUUCUACCAGUAUACUUACCCAAGGGCUAAUAGUAAUUCUCAAUUAAAAUGCAAAUGACUUCU